CCACUCUAAGCCACGGGUCAGAGGAGUUGGAUUUUCAUUUCGCUCGUACCCCCGCCCUGCAAACAAAGUUUGCUCGCCAUACAGAAGGGCAACCUCCAUCACCUGAGAAAUUGAAAUGGCGCUGUCGACACACAAAUAUCAUGAAGCCCACAGUGUGUACAGGAGAUUAACCAACAGAGAGAAAACUUUAAUCGAAUGGUUCCAUGGAAAUACACAAAGUUUGUUGGACAACGACUUUGCAGUGUCGAUGUCACAGGAUACGGACGUGAAAGUGCUAAGUGUUGGAGCGGGGGACGGUCAUGUGGAAAGACCGAUCUUUUCCUGUCUCAGAGAUAGCUUGGGAUAUUCCAAGAUGAAUGCUACCAUUGUGGAGCCAGAGGCAAGCAGCAUACAGCGCUUCCAGGAUCUAGUUGCUAAAGAGCCUCUGCAGGGUGUGAAUUUUGACUGGAGAUGUCAGACUUUCCAGAAAUACGACAAAUCCGAAGAGGCGAUGGGCGACAAGUUUCACAUCAUAGCUUGCAUGGGCUCUCUGUACUACUUGGGAGACUUGAACGAGGUUUUGAAAAACAUGUACAGCAGGCUUGAAGAUGGCGGCAUUCUACUACUUGGGGUGGCACAAGGUGGAAUUGGUUUUGGAAAGCUAGUGCAGUAUCUUCAAACAAAACUGGACAACAGCGCCUGCACAGAACGCUACUCCUCCUGGGAAGUCCAAGACGCAUGCAAGAACCUCAACAUGGCCGUCUCACAGACGUACAUCAUCGAGGCGUACCUAGAUAUCUCGAUGUGUCUAGACAAACCCCCUGACCAGCUCUCACAAGACGCGCUAGCUAUGCUUGAUUAUAUCACGUAUAGAGAGGAUUUCGUUCGGCGAGCACCGCCAGAUUUGCGGGGCGAGGUGCUGAGGUUCUUAGGCAGCGAGUGCACGGAGAGGGGUCCGGCUGGGGAGUUCUUACUCGAAGAGAGCACCGCCUUACUUGUCAUACGUCGCGAGGGAUACAUUUUGCACUGUUUUGUUUUUAAAGUUUUUUUGGAAGGGGUAGCUUCUCUGGUGUAAAGGAAUCUGAUUUUGUGUUUAUCCUAAAACGUACCUACCGAAUUAUCAAAAAGUUUUUAGAGGAAUUUAGAAAAUUUAGAGGAAUGUUAAUGAAAAUUGUCCAAAUUGAAAAUAACUGCAACGGCGCCCUCAUACGUCAGGAGCCAAUGUAUUUUAACAUUGUGAUGAUUAUAAAUUUUGCACUGUUUUGUUUUUAAAGUUUUUUUUGGAAGGGGUAGCUUCUCUGGUGUAAAGGAAUCUGAUUUCGUGUUUAUCCUAAACGUACCUACCGAAUUAUCAAAAAGUUUUUAGAGGAAUUUAGAAAAUUUAGAGGAAUGUUAAUGAAAAUUGUUCAAAUUGAAAAUAACUGCAACGGCGCCCUCAUACGUCAGGAGCCAAUGUAUUUUAACAUUGUGAUGAUAAUGUUUAAUACCAACCUCGUCCCCAGGGUGUCGAGCAGUACGCGCCCACCACGACCUGCUCUCUCUCUCUCUCUCUCACAACCUCGUCCCCAGGGUGUUGAGCAGUACGCGCCCACCACUACCUGCUAGGUUGGAAAAAGUAAGCACUGGGGACGAGGUUGGUUUUCAACAACAACAUGAACUGUGUAGUGACAUUUCUUAGUGUUAAGUCAUAUGCUAGAAUAUCAGAAUCUAAUUGGCCAGCACUGUUAGUGGGCGUGGCUUAAGUCAUCUACUGAGCAAUACUGCAUUUUGAUUGGUUAAUGCAUCUCUGUACUUUAGCAAUGAUAUAUAGGGAUCAUGUUGGCCUAUAUACAUGUACAUAUACAUUGUAACUAUCUGCAAGAACAGACAAUAUCAAUGUACUUCUCUAACCGCAAAUAAAAACAAACCACGAACAUCA